AUGCUGUUCGAAAGCUUCAUGUUGAAUCUCUUCGUGAUCAUUGUUUUAAUCGUUGCUCUAACUUUCGACUACAUCACCAAGUUCUUCAGCUACUGGUAUGUCAGACUCAUACCAAAUAACACGCCUAUACCAUUCUUUGGUACGGAUUACUACAGAGUUCUAGGACUCCGAAGUAAUACGGAGGAAGUAAACUCGCUUUACGCUCAAUAUCCAAAGGAUCAGUUCGUCGGAAGUAUCAAGAGCAGAAUCCCAGAUCUCGUAUUAAAAGACCCGGAUGCGAUAAAGACCAUUUUGUCGACGGACUUCGCGGAUUUCCACAGUAGAGGACUCGCACUAAACAAAUCUCGGGAUGUUUGUAUACAAAACAAUUUGUUUUACGCCGAAGGAGAAAAGUGGACCUUAUUGCGCGAUAACUUACAGUCUAUAUUGAAUGAAUUGAAACCAGAUUUUGAGGAAAAUUUGCAUAACUGUUUGUCGGGAACAAAUGGAGAUGUAAACGUACAACAGUUAUUAUCAAAGGUAUUGGAUGGAGUUUUCAAGGAUAUAUUGAUAAAUCAAAGUUCGAACGGAAUCGUGGUAACUAACAUGAGAACAGCUGUAUUGAGGCGAAAUUUUAUGAAUAAACUAAAGACUUAUUUGAAGAAUAUUUUCCCAUCAUUGUAUACAUUAUUUGGAAUGACGACGAUAGCUGGUGAGCCAUCCACUGAAACAAAGAGAGAGUUAGAAAAUUCUAAAUUAUUAAACAUAAUAAGACAAGCAAAUAUCUUCCAAUUGACACUAAAAGAUAAGUACAAGAAGCCUUCAAGCGACGUUGAUUACGCUUUCGCCUUAUUAGCCACUUUUAUAACGGAAGGCUAUGUACCAUGUUUAAAUCUGUUGACUGCACUAUUAUAUGAACUGGCAAGAAACCCAGAAACGCAGAUAAAGGCAAGGUCAAGUGAGGAGUAUCUAAAUGCUGUGAUCAAAGAGUCGUUGAGAUUGCACCCUCCUUACUCUGUUUUAACGAGGCAAUGUGUGAAAAUGUAUCACUACCCUGAUAGAAAAUUAGUUAUUGAUAAGAAUGUCACUGUAAAUGUGCCUGUUGAAUCUAUUCAUCGCGACGAGAAGUACUAUAACGAUGCUAAGACGUAUAAUCCUGAAAGAUUCUUAGCUGAAGAGCAUUCAUCGCAUAGUUUUGCAUAUUUACCUUUUGGUGCUGGUCCAAGAAAAUGUCUGGGUGAACAAUUAUCAAUGUUAAUAUGUCGAAGCGUCGCCAAAGCAGUACUUAAAAAUAAUGUUAUAGAACCUACAAGUAUUACACCUUCAGAACUAAAAAUGGCGGACCACAACUUCAGCAGAGUUGUAAAUGAAGAAAUUUGGUUAAGAUUCAUACCUACAAGUUCGAAUUAA